AUGCAUAAGAUAGCUGGUUUUGGUGCUGUUGGGGAGAAUUCCCCAUACCAGGAUCCCCAGCCCCACCCUAGGCGAGGUCUGAAUUUGACAGUCACCCCAGGAGGAGACAGAGCCUGCCACACCCUCCCAUGCCAGGCCCUGGGCCAGGGUAACUGGACUGACAGAAUUCGGCCACAACCAAAUCAAUGCUGGCUGGAGCCGGAGGCCUGGAGCCCCGGAGCCCCAGCCUCAUCCCCACGUGGGAGCCCCACAUUCGAAGAACGACCCUCUGGUCCCCUCAAGCUCAGUGAAUUCCCAUUAGGUGCCCACAGCUCUGGACUAAAAAUCCUAUAUUUAGAAAGAGAUAGAAUAUAUUAG